AUGUGCCUCGUCACUGAUCCAGAUCUUGUGUUCAGCAAUGGCACAAUUUUGGAGUUCCUCGACUGUGCUGUUUGGGGAAUCUCGCCGUCGCACAGUGCUCACCACCUUGAGUCGCUGGCGACUGUGGUGUCCGACGUGGACAACGGCUCGGACAUCGUGCAGCGCAUAACCGCCAUGCUGGACACGGCGUCGGCCGAGCAGCCGUCGCCGUCGCCGCCGCCGGCGCUCGCGGGUUCGACGCCCGGCGGCUCGUCGGGCUCGGCGUCGCCCACGCAGUCCCCGGCGCUGGCCGGCGCGCCGCUGCACCACGCCCACCCGCAGCACCAGGCGCUGCACCACCACCAUCACCACCACCCGCUGUCGCCGCUGCGGUCGCUCUCCGUCGCCCCGCCGGGCGUGCUGCCGCCGCAGGCGCACCGCUCCCUGUCCGAAGGUGAAACCUCAAUGUCAAUUACAGACUUACUGGGUCUUAAUGUGCCAAGAGGAACGCUCUUGGGAAGUAAUAGCAGCCUGAAUUCCCCAUCUCCUCAGUUGUACGACCCAUCGCAGAAUUCGAGGUUCUUCCAGGAAGAACCACAUUAUCUGGACAUGAUGGAUGCAUCCGGAUUCCACACACCACUUCACAACCCGUGUGCCUUCAGAAGUUCCCCAGCGUACAGUGACUGUGGGAGCCCAACAGGAGUGGAUCAGUCUCUGUUACCAGCCUCCAACAACAGUGGCUCUACCUCCAACUCCCCCGUUGAUUCCGAUCUGAACCCCAACAGUGUUGAUGCCGGAAGCUUAGCUAAUCUCAUAAACUAUCUAUCCCUCUACAGAGGAAAUGAGCAACAGCAAGAACAGCAGCAGCAACAGGAUCAAAUGACAUCACUAAGAUUUUUACAGCAGCAACAACAUAAUCUGCAAGCAAGUUUCCUGUCGCAGUUCCUUCAGUCGCCACAGUCUCCAGACGGUCAGGCUGCCACCUGCUUCCCACUGUCAGCACCCUUGGGUCUUUCCCUCUCUUCACCUUGCCAGCAGCGCAGCCCUCCCCAGUCGCAACAGCAGUCGCGGCGCGUGAGAGUUCCGUCGCCGUUGCACCCGCUGACGCCACCGGAGCUCGGGUCGCCACUGCAGUGGCGGCAGUCGCCUUCGCUGACUUCGUCGCAGUCGCGGAACUCUGGGGCCGGCAACCCCGGGGGUGGUCAGGUGUGCCUUGAGCGUGCGGCCCGCUUCCACAAGAAUGCUGCCUCUCUGGUCGAUGCCACCUGCACAUGGAGUGGAACAUUACCACCACGAUCUGUCAAGUCUGGUGCCUAUUCGUGUAAGGUAUUCCUUGGAGGAGUUCCUUGGGACAUGGGCGAGGCAGCCCUGGUGAAUGAACUUCACCAGUUUGGCCAAAUACGCAUAGAGUGGCCAGGCAAAGAACAGUCGGCAUCACAGCCGAAAGGCUACGUUUAUGCCAUUCUCGAGUCUGAAAGGAAGGUUAGAGAGCUCCUGAACGCAUGCACUCAAGAGUUGACGAGUGGUGGCAGCUGGUAUUUCAAGAUAUCCUCAAAGAAGAUGAAAGCUAAGGAAGUCCAGGUAAUCCCAUGGCUGUUAAGUGAUAGUAACUACAUAAAGUACACUUCACAGAAGCUGGACCCACAGAAAACUGUAUUUGUUGGUGCUCUUCAUGGAAUGCUAAAUGCUGAGGGUUUGGCGAAAAUAAUGAAUGACCUUUUUGGAGGUGUGAUAUAUGUAGGCAUUGACACAGACAAAUACAAGUAUCCAAUAGGCUCUGGCCGUGUGACCUUCAACAAUCCUCGUUCAUAUAUGAGGGCAGUAGUCGCAGCAUUCAUAGAAAUAAAAACUCCUCGUUUCACUAAGAAGGUGCAGGUAGACCCGUACCUGGAAGACUCCCUCUGUUCGUCGUGCGGCCUGCAGCAGGGGCCUUACUUCUGUCGAGACAUGGUGUGCUUCCGCUACUUCUGCCGGACAUGUUGGCACCGACACCACGACGGGCGCGAGCAGCUGCAGACGCACAAGACGCUGAUGCGCAACUCCAAAGGGAGCCGUGCCACCCCCAUCUCCGUGCCGGGCUUCUCGGCUCCUUCACUGUCAUCCCCGUCCUUCUCGUCGAUGAGUCCUCCCACUCUCAUCAACUGAGAUGUCCGUCGGAGCACGUCGUGGGGAGGGAGUUUGAAGUUACGUGGUGCUGGAGGCUGUACACGAGUGCUGCACCUCUGUGGCAAGUAUCGAGGCAGCUUGACGCGACACUGUACUCCCGGUAUGUGUGGAUUACUGCUGUCGGUAUCGCUGUGUAUGUGUGUGGGGGCACGUGGAAAUGUGUCGGUGCAUUAGAAGUUGUUGAUCUGCCACACUGAGGAGCUGCCUGUGUGUUCAGUUUCCUAAUUUUAAAAUUUUUUCCAUUGAUCAGUAUUAAUGCUGCUAGUUUAAUAGGAUAAGCGAGGUACUGAUGAAAAAUGUUCCUUUUUGAAGAGAGAUUACUUUAUUUAUAUUAAAUAGUUAUAUUAUUUGCCCGAAAUGGCAUCCUUAUAGUUUUUAAUUAUUUUGCUGCAGUUGGCAUUACUUACCCUAAUUUUACAAUGAGAGAAAUUGUGUUUUGUUUUUAUGAUGCUAUAUUUAAGAAGGGAGUUAAUUCUUUUUAGUGACACUAAAUCGUGAUUUAUUUUGAGGUGCAGAAAAUUUGCUCAUUUGCUAACCCACUUACAUAACUGGAUGGAAGCUUAUGACGAACUGGAUUGGAAAUGGUCUGUUCUUUGGAUUCUUUUGGCUAUUUCAUUAUCUAUACUGCAAUGGUGUAAACCCGACUGUGUAAAUAUGUUUAUUUUGGAAGAAUUUGUAUAUGAGAGUGUAUGAUUAGAAUCAUUGCAGUACAAAAACAACCAGGAGGGUUUUAAUUUACAGAAAUGUUAUACACAGUGUUCUUGAUUUUUUUAUUUAGUUUUUAUCAUUUCUUCUUAUAUCAAUAUAAAAAGACUGUUCUCUCUAUAUAAUAUUGCCAGCAGAGUGAAUAAAUUUCUGAGAAGAAAUUGUACUCAAAUCUUACGUCAUUUUAAAACAAAGAAUAUAACUACUCAGUCAUUAUUGCAAAAUAAAAACUCCCUUGUGUGGUUUCAAGAUCUCUUGGCAGUUGAAUCUUAUCUGACAGUACCACAUAGAUAGAACUUUAGUAACUUUUGUAAUUUAGUUUUUAUGCUUUCCCCAAAUAGUAACAGUAGCAGAAUUUAAUUACUUGCCUAUUGUUUCAGUUACACUUUACUGUUCCACAAUCAAUCAGAGCCGUAGUGCCUUGUUUCUGCCGCUGCUAACAGAAAUUGCAUAAUUGAAGUAGUCCUUUUGUAAUUUGUCUUAUACUGUGUACCAAGUUUUACAGAAGAUUUUGGUUCCCCUUUUGUUAACAGCAGCAAAAACAUGGCACCGUUAGUACUUAACUAGUUCAUGGACUAGUACAAAGUAACUAAAACAGUAGUCUUUAUGUUUAAUUCUGCUGUGGUUAUGACUUUGGAAAGACAUAAAAACUAAUUUUAGGAGCUAUAAAAUAUUUAUCUUUGUAGCACUGUCAGAUUUGUUUCAAUUAAGAUCUUUGUACUAAAAUCUUGCAUAAAACUUGGCACACACAUUAUUAUUUUAGAAUUUUUAAA